ACAAGAAAGACAUUGUGGACAAAACAAGACACCCCCCAUAAUCUUUAGUGACAAUAUUGUAGUUAGUUAAAUGGUCUGAUUGUUCAAAUCUGUAUUUUCUUUGAUUGUGGUAAAAUAAUGUGUGCCCCAGUCUCCAAAAAUGACAUAGUGCAGGAAGCGUAGUUAUUCCUCCGUUACACCACAAGAGGGAGUAUCCCCUAAAAUGAGCAGCUCUAGCGGGAGUAAAGAAGCCAGCCACUACCCAUAAGGCAGUGCGCCUAUAAGCGUUAUGUGAGACUGCAAAAGUGUGUAACGCUGUGCUAUGUCCAUGUAUAUAUUUGCAGAUGCAGUAAAGGCGAACUCACAAAGCCACACUGGUUUCAAUUCAUUUUAAUUCAAGUGUGCAACAAAAUUUGGUGGCAGCGGUGGGAUCAGCGGUGCUACUGAGAAGCAGUGUGAGAUUACAGAAUCGUCACCCACAGUAUGGAGUUGGAGCGACUGCAAGACCAGCUAAGUGAGAGCUUGCUACAGUUAAGGUCAGACCAACUACAAGAAGUGUGUUUACAAGCUAAAAUCUCAAUCGGAAAACAGACAAAGAAGCACACGCUGAUCAGAACAAUAAGUGAAGCAGUUGAAACAAUUAUUGAAGUGGAGGAAGAGGAAGUAGCACACACAUUCCUGGACAGAUUAAUUAAAACUGUUAAAGAAUUAAAGGAAAGAGAUGACCCUACACAGGAACGUGAAGAGAGUGUCAGUAGGGAUGCGGUUGCAUUGGCCAGUCUACAAGAACAAUAUGCAGCAUUGCAACUAAGUUUUCAAACCUCAACAAAAAGGUUAGAGGAAGAAAUGGCAAGAUUGACAGACAGAAUGGCCUCCCAAGAAACUAGUCAGGGUCUGGCUGCACAGUUACCUACUCGUCCAUCACCGUUACCUGCUUCACCAGCAACACAGCCCCCUGAAGUGACUAUACGCAGGGAAUUUAGAAUCAGUGGCCAAAUUGGGGAACGGGGUCAGAAAGACAAACUGUCAUACUCCAACCUGAUUCAUCAAAUCGAAAUGGGACUUAAAAAGAAUCACAGCGAAGCUGAAAUUAUUGAAGCUGUUGUUAGGGCCAUAAGCCCAGGCCUAAGUCUCCGUGAUAUGUUGGAGAUUAAAACAGACCUCACCCUCAUGCAGCUUCGUACCAUACUGAGGGGACACUACAAGGAGGAUAGCUCUACUGACCUCUAUCAUCGGCUGAUAAAUAUCACUCAAGGAAGUAAUGAGUCCCCACAGAACUUUCUAUUUAGGGCAAUAGAGCUGAAAGAAAGACUCCUAGCAUCAUCAAGGGAGCCAGGAACAGAUGAACAAUACAGUGUCGAACUGAUUCAGAAAAAGUUUCUGCGAGCCGUUGGCACAGGUCUGAUUAGCGACAAUGUGAAAUACCAGAUCAAACUCUACCUGGAUGAUCCAGCAGUCACUGACGAUGUGCUGAUUGCAAAGACAAAUGAAGCGGCCAGCCUCGAGUGGGAGAGGCAACAAAAAUUCAGAAAGACCAUCCGAGAAAUGAAAGUAAGAGAGAUAAAAGCAGAGGCACAGUCAGUGCAGGAGGCAACGGUUGGUGCAGUGGGUGGGCAAGACCAGCCAUUCUCCACCUCGACAAAAGGUAAAGCUGCUAAAGCACCAGCAACAGUGACACGCAAGGAAACUGAGCUGUUUGAUAUCAUCAAUCAACUAAAAGGGGAAAUAGCUGAAAUAAAAGGAGUGAUUCGUGAGUCGCACCGACCUUCUCCCUCACACCGCCCAAGCCUCAAACGUGGCUGCAGGGAUUGUCAGGACAGCAAUAGAGGAGAAAACUGCGACCACUGCUUCAAAUGUGGACAAAGUGGGCAUUUGUCUAGGGGAUGCAGCACCCGGAGAAAACUUCCAGACAGGGCAGAGCAGAUUGGUAUGUCAGCUAGCACGGUGAACCCACGCCCGUCACCCUCUUUUCAGCUACUAAACCAAGGUGAGCAACAACAAGAUGUUCACAAACUCUUGACGGACAGUAUAAAACAUUUGGAGACAAAAGCAGCAGCCGCCACACCAGAUAAGAGGAAUGAAGCGGUCUCCGUCAGCCUCCUCUCCCCAAAACGAAGAGCCCAGCUCCUCAAUCUUAUAGGGAGGAAGCACCUGAUCACCUGCCUGCUUGAGGGAGUAAAAACCGCAGCGUUGUGGGACACGGGAUCACAGGUUUGUCUCAUAAAUGAAAAAUGGAGACAACAGAACAUCCCACACCUCAAAGUUAGGAGUUUAACUGAAAUCAUUGGGCCUGGUAUAUUAGAUGGGAGGGCAGUAAACCAGACACCAAUCCCAUUUUCCGGGUGGGUUGAAAUCAAAUUCAGGUUGCCCACAGAAGAGGCUGCGCAGUUAGAACUUCUCGUGCCAGUAUUAGUAGCUCAGGAAGACGGGGUGGCGGAGGAGCCAAUAAUUGGCUUCAACGUGAUUGAAUACAUGCUAGAGAGGGGAAUAGAGCCACCUCGUGCUGUAACAGAAGCUGUUAGCACAGCAUUCUCCAUUGACUGUAAGAAAGCUGAGGUCUUUAUAAAGGUGAUGAAGAGUGGAGACGAUGGGCUAGGUGAGGGCAGAGUGAAAACUGGGAGAGAAUUAAUGAGUAUCCCACCUGGUCAGACAAGAGUGGUCAAGUGUAGUGUGAGAGCAGGCCCACUCCCAGCAGGUCAGGAUGUACUGUUCGAGCCCAGCCCCUACCCUCAGAUGCCAGAGGGAUUGGAGGUGCAAGAGGGCGUUGUCCAUUUACAGCAAGGCAGCUGGUCCCGUAUGAGCCUCCCAGUCACUAAUACCAAAGCUUAUGAGAUCAUACUGCCUCCGAGAACUGUUUUGGGACAAACUCAGAGGGUUCGAACUAUUUACCCAGCAAACACAGUGACAGUGGAAAUAGAACAAAUGGGAACAACAAGAUCUACUGUAGAAGCAACAGCUACACCUCCAGCUAGCCAAAUUGGGGAACAGGAAAACAGAACAAGAAGCAACAGUGAAGGUGUAUGGGACCCCCCAGUUCCCCUUGACCAUCUCCCUCCGGCACAGCAGCGGAAGAUCAGACAGCUAUUAAGGGGGGAGAGUAAUGCCUUUGCUCGUGAUGAACAGGAUGUUGGCAAUAUACCCUCACUGCAGCUUAAGAUCCGCCUCAGUGACCCCACACGUGUUCGCCGAACAUAUACAUAAGUGCCUAAGCCACUUCAUAUUGAAGUAAAAGAAUAUCUGGAAGACUUGCUUAAUAGAGGGUAGAUAAAGAAAUCAAAAUCCUCCUACUCCAGCCCAGUAUGUGUGCGGAAAAAGGAUGGCAGCCUCCGCUUGUGCUGUGACUGGUCUGGUCUGACCAGUCACAGGGUCAGACCAGUCAAUCCCUGACCGCCAUCCCAUACCACGCAUACAAGAUAUGCUCAACACAUUGAAAGAAAGCUCCUGGUUCUCGGUCUUAGACCAAGGGAAGGCUUUAUCACCAGGGCUUCCUGGAGGAGUCAAGUCGCGCCCUCACUGCAUUCAUCACACCCUGGGGAUUGUAUGAAUGGGUAAGAAUCCCUUUUGGGCUGUCGUCUGCGCCGGCUGAGUUUCAGAGGGUGAUGGAAGAAUGCCUUGCAGGGCUGCGGGACGACAUAUGUCUGCCCCUACUUGGAUGACAACCUUGUUCAUUCAAAAACAUUUGAGGACCACUUAAAUGAUCAAAAGCAGGUCCUGCAGCGUUAUCAGAGCCAUGGAGUGAAAUUAACACCCAGGAAAUGUGAACUGUUCAAAAAUCAGGUGAGAUUCCUGAACUCAAGAUGGUCACACCAUGGCACACCAUGGACCCCGCUGACAUUGCGCCUGUCCAAGCUUUAAAACAAAGGAACCCCACCACAAUUGGGGAAGUGAAGAAGGUGUUGGGAUUCAUCUCAUACUAUCGCAACUAUAUUCUUUUCACGCAUUGCAAAGCUACUCUAUGACCUUUCCCUCCUCAGAAAAAACAGGGGAAGGGAGAGACAGGAAGUCAAAACACAACAAAAAGACAAAGAAUCAAGGGGGUCAGCUACCAUCCUCUCACCUAGUGGCAUGGUCAGCUGAGCAUCAUCAGGUGGUCUGUCAGCUAGUCAAUUUCCUCAUUUAGCCCCCAGUUUUAGGUUAUCCCGACUUCGAGCAACCAUUCAUCUUACAUUGUGAUGCAUCGUAGGAGGGACUUGGAGCUGUGCUUUACCAAAGACAAAAUGGGAAGCUAGUGGUUAUUGCAUGUGGGUCUAGGACCCUUACUGCCCCAGAGAAGAACUACCACCUCCAUUCAGGGAAGUUGGAAUUUCUUGCCCUGAAGUGGGCCAUAUGUGAGAGGUUUAGAGAUUAUCUCUACUAUUCACCACCCUUCAUUGUCUAUACUGACAACAACCCCCUCACAUAUGUGCUGACAAUGGCAAAACUGAAUGCAACCACACACAGAUGGGUAACUGAACUCGCUGACUUCCAGUUCUCCAUCAAGUAUCGACCUGGCAGAGCUAACAGAGAUGCAGAUGGUCUCUCAUGAAUGCCCUUGGAUAUGGAUCAUUACAUACAAACUUGUACAGAAGCAGUGACACCUGAGGUCCUAAACAGCGUGACUCAGGCUCUGGCUGUUCAGCUGCAGGGAAGUGAACCCUGGCUCUGCCCGUUAAACAUCUCAACUGUGGUAGCAGAGCAAAGUGAGGAGGUAGGGAUGUCAGGUCUGGAAAUCCCUAAGACAAACUUAAGAGAUGCACAAAAAGAGGAUCCUGUAAUUGGGGAAGUCCUGAAGUAUGUCAUCUCUAAUCGGUGGCCAAAAGGCAGAAAACAGGCAUGCAACAAGGAGAUUGCUGCCCUGCAAGGGAAAAACAGAAACUGCACCUUGAUGAGGAUGGUUUACUGUACAGGAAAACACCCAGCCAAACACAGCUACUCCUGCCUAAGAAGUUCCAUUUGCUCGUUUAUAAAGAACUUCAUGAAGACAUGGGCCACUUGGGGGUGGAGAGAGCUUUGGCCCUCAUUCGGGAUCGCUUUUACUGGCCUCACAUGCAGGAGGACUUGGAGCAUUACAUAAGACAGGUGUGUAGCUAAAAAAAAACAAGCAUUCCAACAAGCCAACCAGAGCUCCACUGAUCAAUAUCACUACAAGGUACCCGUUUGAACUGGUCUCCAUUGAUUUUUUGCAUUUGGAGAAAUGUAAGGGAGGGUAUGAGUAUAUCCUCGUGGCCAUGGACCACUUUACACGAUUUGCUCAGGCUUAUCCCUGCAGAGAUAAAAGUG